GUAUAUUCUUAGAAUAUUCCAUUACUUUUAAUACUUAUAUUUAUAUACAUAUAAAAAAUCUUUGAAUGAUAGCUGUAGCUCAAAAAUUAUAAAAAUCUAUUCUUUUUUUUAGAAAAUGGAACUAGAGAUUAAUGAAAAAAAAGGAUUAAAAUUUUUGAAAGACGUUAAUGCGCCUAUUCGUCCUCUUACAGGCUAUUUAAGAUUUUUAAAUGAUUUUAGAGAACAAGCUAGAAUUGAUAAUCCAAAUAUUUCAAGUAGGGAUAUAUUAAAAAUAAUGGGGGUUCAAUGGAAUAAUCUCACAUCUGAACUUAAACAAAAGUACCAUAAUGAAUCUAAAUUAGAUCUUGAGAAAUACUUGAAAGAUUAUGAAGAAUAUCAAAAAACUGAUGAUUACAAAUCUUAUCAAAAUACACUUAUGAAAUUUAAACAAUCAAGACUAAAAAGUAUCAAGGAAAUAAAAAAUAUUAACAAUAUAGAUGAAUCAGAAUCCUCUAAAUUUUUAAAUAAAAAAUACUCUAAAGUUUAUAAAGCAUCAAAAAAAUCAAUGCAACUCUCAAAUAAUGAGUUAUUACAUCAAGAUUUACCUAUAUUCACAAAAGAAUUCAUGGAUUACACUAAUGAGAGAGAAAUGGAGGCAGAAAGAUUAAGGCAAACCUUAAAGGAAAAACAGUAUGAAAUAGACAAUUUAUCAAAAUUAAUUGAGGUUUACGAAAAUGACUUAGCAAAUUAUAGCAGUGAAAAGGCUAAAAAUACAGUGAAGGCUUCACGAUUGUGUAGGGAGGUCGAUCCUUUCAAAGCCAGGAUAGUUGAAGCAUUUCUGAAUUGUGGGGUUACAAAUGAAAUUAUGCUGGAAUUCUCAGAAAAACACCCAGACAUUGCCCAUAUGCAUCUAUCUACCGAAAAUAUGGAGGAGUUCCUUGGUAAGUUAGCACAAAUUAUAUUAAAUCUGGAUGAUAACAAAAAGGAUAAACUAGAUGAUAUUAAUCAUUUGGGUGAUUCAGAUAAAAUUAAUCUGAAAUCAGUUGAUAAAGCUAUCUCAAAGAUUUUUGAUAUGGAGGGAUUGAUUGGCGAAAAAUCAUGAUAUCCCACGUUAUUUGAAAAAAUUGUUGUAUAUAUAAUUUUAUUAUAAUUACGUCAUUGAUUACAUUAAAUGGUUAAAUAUUUAUUAAUAAAUUGUGUUUUAUUGAAAUA